AUGUCUGUCGUGGGGACUGCAGCCCCAUACAUGCAUCUUCCUGGUGACAGUCUGAGUAGCCGGGUAAGCUUCCUGGGGCCCCAGACCCCUCCACAGGUGACAGCAAUGGCCCGGCUCCUGGGCGAGCUGGACAGGAGUACCUUCAGAAAGUUACUAAAGCUGGUGGUCAGCAGCCUGCAAGGGGAGGACUGCCGAGAGGCUGUGCAGUGCCUUGGGGACAGCGUGGGCCUGCCAGAAGAGCACCUGGGCAUCCUGCUGUCAGGUGUGCACACCUUGCUUUCGCAGGCCCUGCGGCUGCCCAUGACCAGUUUGAAACCUGAAGCUUUCCUGAGCCAGCUCCAGGAGCUUUGCAUCUCUCAGGACCUGGCUGAAGACCUGUCUAGUGUGGUGUUUGGGAGCCAGCGGCCCCUUCUGGACUCUGUGGUCAGACACCAGGGUGCCUGGCUGCCGCGAGUGACCAACUUUCGGUGGCGAGUGAAUGUGGCCAUCUCCACCAGCUCCCUGGCCCGCUCUCUACGGCCAAGCAUCCUGAUGCAGCUGGAGCUCUCUGAUGGGUCAACAUACUGCUUUGAGGUCCCCGCAGCCAAAUUCCAGGAGCUGAGGUACAGCGUUGCCCUGGUCCUGAAGGAGAUGGCAGAUCUGGAGAAGAGAUGUGACCGCAAACUCCAGGACUGA